UUUCUCUUUCAAUUCUCUCCUUCUCUUUUCUCCAUUUUUGCUUGUCUUCUCUCUUUCUCCGCCUCAAAAAACCCACUCCUUUUUCCUUACCAUAUGAGUCUUUACUUACCAAAACCGCCAGAGAAAUAAUUAAUUUAUUAAAGCUUCAAAAUAUUGUCAUUCCAUCAACAACCCAAAUCCCAGAUCUCUCCAACUCCACAAGAAUCUGAUUAUGAUGGAGCAAAAGAGUGGACGGAAUGUUGGAGUUGUUGGUGUUGAGUAGAGCACUAGUAGCAAGACAGACAAGGCAAACCUGGAUUCUCCGAGAUCUUCGUUGGCUGUUCACAAAUAUUUUCGGGUUCUUUUGGCCAACCCUAUUUCUCGUUUUACAUUUGGCACGUAAGGAGUAUACUGGAUACGACCUUUCAGACAAACCCAUCAAAACCCUUCUCUUUUUUUUUUUCCCUAUAGCAAGUUAGAGAGAGUGAGAAGUCAUAAAGAUCAAGAGGUGUUUGUUGUGAAAUAUGCCAGCCGGAUUAAUGAUUCCGGUGAGAAACAUGGCGUCGAUGAUGGGGAGUAAUGGGAGUAUCGGUGAAUUUGGAUCAGCUUCAAGGUUGUCUCUUGGUCAGAUUGAAAAACAAUGAAAAAAAGCUUAGCUGGUGUUGGAAUCUGAAAGAUCUGUAGAAUUGAAAUGUACUUCCAGCCAAACAUGAUGGAGCCUGGUCAGCUUCACCCACUAGAGAUGACCCAAAACACAUCGGAAAGCGAACUUGCUCGACUCCGAGACGAGGACUUCGACAGCACCACCAAAUCUGGCAGCGAUAACCAAGAAGGCGGCGCCUCCGGUGACGACCAAGAACAGCAACGACGAAAGAAGAAGCGCUACCACCGCCAUACUCAGCAUCAGAUCCAAGAAAUGGAAGCAUUUUUCAAGGAGUGUCCACAUCCAGACGAUAAGCAAAGGAAGGAGCUGAGCAGGGAAUUAGGGUUAGAGCCAUUACAAAUCAAAUUUUGGUUCCAAAACAAGCGCACCCAAAUGAAGACUCAGCAUGAGCGCCAUGAGAACUCUCAACUUCGAGCUGAGAAUGAAAAGCUUCGAUCCGACAACAUGCGGUACCGAGAAGCCCUUAGCAAUGCUUCAUGUCCUAAUUGUGGUGGCCCUACUGCCAUUGGUGAAAUGUCCUUUGAUGAACAUCAUCUCAGGCUCGAAAAUGCCCGAUUAAGAGAAGAGAUUGAUAGGAUUUCAGCUAUUGCUGCAAAGUAUGUGGGGAAACCAGUGGCAAGCUACCCACUUAUGUCUUCAUCGGUGCCUCCUCGUCCGCUUGAACUUGGAGUUGGAAGUUAUGGGGGACAACAAGGUUAUGGAGGGGAGAUGUUUGGAGGAGCUGGAGACUUACUUAGAUCACUCACUGCACCUAAUGAGCAUGAUAAGCCCAUGAUAAUUGAGCUUGCAGUUGCAGCCAUGGAGGAAUUAAUGAGGAUGGCUCAAAUGAAUGAACCCUUGUGGAUGACUAGCAUUGAUGGUUCAACCACAAUGCUUAAUGAAGAUGAAUACCUUAGGACAUUUCCUCGCGGGAUCGGCCUGAAACCUAGUGGUUUCAGAUCUGAGGCAUCAAGGGAAACUGCUGUUGUUAUAAUGAACCACAUUAGCCUUGUUGAGAUUCUAAUGGAUGUGAGUCAGUGGUCAACUGUGUUUUCUGGCAUUGUCUCAAGAGCCAUGACUUUGGAGGUGCUGUCAACAGGAGUGGCAGGGAAUUACAAUGGAGCCUUGCAAGUGAUGACAGCAGAAUUUCAACUUCCUACACCUCUUGUUCCAACUCGUGAGAGUUACUUUGUGAGGUAUUGUAAGCAACAUCAAGAUGGAACUUGGGCCGUUGUUGAUGUAUCCUUGGACAAUAUACGCCCCAGUCCGAUUUCAAGGUGUCGAAGAAGGCCAUCUGGAUGCUUGAUUCAAGAAAUGCCGAAUGGAUACUCAAAGGUUAUAUGGGUUGAACAUGUAGAAGUGGAAGAUAAAGGUGUCCACAAUUUAUACAAGCAACUGGUUAGCUCAGGGAACGCCUUUGGUGCAAAACGUUUGGUGGCUACACUGGAUCGCCAAUGUGAGAGGCUUGCAAGUGUGAUGGCCACAAAUAUUCCCACCGGCGAUGUUGGAGUGAUCACAAAUCAAGACGGGAGGAAGAGUAUGUUGAAGCUGGCAGAGAGGAUGGUUAUUAGCUUUUGUGCAGGAGUCAGUGCCUCCACUGCUCACACAUGGACAACUUUAUCUGGCACUGGUGCUGAUGAUGUAAGGGUCAUGACCCGAAAGAGCGUAGAUGAUCCAGGAAGGCCUCCUGGGAUUGUUCUUAGUGCUGCAACUUCCUUCUGGCUUCCUGUUCCACCAAAGAGCGUCUUUGAUUUCCUUCGUGAUGAGAAUUCCCGUAGUGAGUGGGAUAUUUUAUCAAAUGGUGGAGUGGUUCAAGAAAUGGCACACAUUGCCAAUGGCCGGGAUACUGGCAACUGCGUGUCUUUACUUCGAGUAAAUAGCGCAAAUUCAAGCCAGAGCAACAUGCUAAUUUUGCAAGAGAGUUGCACUGAUCAGACAGCUUCAUUUGUUAUCUAUGCUCCGGUUGAUAUAGUUGCAAUGAACGUGGUACUCAACGGUGGAGACCCAGACUACGUGGCCCUUCUGCCUUCUGGUUUCGCAAUUUUCCCCGACGCACCUACUGCUAUCAAUGGAGGAACCAUAGGUGCUGAAGCUGGUUCUGGUGGAUCUCUGCUAACUGUCGCGUUUCAGAUAUUGGUGGAUUCAGUUCCAACAGCAAAACUCUCUCUUGGCUCUGUUGCUACUGUCAACAACUUGAUUGCUUGCACUGUGGAGAGGAUUAAGGCCGCUUUAUCAUGCGAGAAUGCAUGAAACUUUUCAAUCCUAAUUAUAUAAAGAUAGGCUGAAGAAUGAAAAGAGAGGAAAGAAGAGGGGUUUUGAGAAGGGUAGAAGUCAAGAGCGCACCUUACAUGAUCCUUAUCAUUGAUUCAUGGUUUAUAUGUGUUUUGGGAGCAGAGAUCAUCAAGUGUGGAAGGGAUUAGAGGUUCGGGAAUUGACUUCAAACUGAAAGCAGAGAAUUAACGGAAGUUGUUAACUUUGUAGUUAGGAGUUUUUGUCCAAGUGGGAGUUUUAUUACUACAUAUAUUGUGGGAGUCCAGCCCUUUUCUUCCUCCUUAAGUUGUUGUUUUGUGUGUUUUUGAAGAACCAGUUGGUGGAAAGGCUUACAUUUGCUAGCAGACAUUUGCUUCCUUUUUUUGCCCAAUUUGGGUACUUUUGAAGUGGAUUGCUUUUAUUAGGGCUGGUCAUCUUUGGG